AUGUCUUCCGAGCAAGUUGACGCCCCCAAGGCGGCCGAGGGCGCUCCCGCCCAGAGCCUUCCUUCACGGCCCGCGAAGCAGCCCAAGGAGAAGAAGGCCGGUGGUGGAAAGGCUUCACUCGAGCUUCCGGUUCUCCCAGAAUUCAUUCAACACCGUAUCGCCAUCUUCGACAAGAUCAAGGCCAAGCGCGACGCCGAGGUUGCUGCCAAGCCUCGCGAGGAAAUCACCAUUUCCAUGCCCAAUGGCAAGGAGGAGAAGGGUACCGCUUGGGAGACCACUCCUGGAGCCAUUGCCAGGGGCAUUUCGAAGUCCCUGUUCGAGCGCACCGUCAUCUCCAUGGUUGAUGGCGAGCUCUGGGAUCUUACACGACCCCUUGAGAAGAGCUGCAAGCUUGAGUUGAUUGACUUUGAGCACGAGGAGGGCAAGAAGGUCUUCUGGCACUCUUCAGCCCACGUUCUCGGCGAGGCUGCUGAGAAGCGAUUCGGUUGCUACCUCUGCAACGGUCCCCCUACCACCGACCCUCCCGGAUUCUACUACGAUAUGGCCAACAUGGAGGGCCAAGUCGUUCAGGAGGAAGACAAGAAGGCCCUGGAGACGCUGGCCAACUCCAUCAUCAAGGAAAAGCAGCCCUUUGAGCGUCUGGAAAUGACCAAGGACGAGCUCCUUGAGAUGUUCAACUACAGCAAAUACAAGGAGUACUUUAUCAACCAGCGUGUUCCCGACGGCACCACAAGUACAGUCUACCGAUGUGGUCCUCUCAUCGAUCUUUGCAGAGGUCCUCACGUCCCCACCACUGGAAACAUCAAGGCGUUUUCAGUUCUCAAGAACUCUGCCGCAUACUGGCUCGGCAACAGCUCCAACGAGUCCGUCCAGCGAAUUUCUGGUGUCUCAUUCCCCGACAAGAAGCAGCUCGAAGAGUACAAGACAUUCCUUGAGGAAGCGGCCAAGCGCAACCACCGAAAGAUUGGCCUGGAGCAGAAGCUCUUCUUCUUCGACGAGGUUUCACCUGGUUCCACAUUCUUCUUGCCCCACGGCACAAGAAUCUACAAUGCCUUGAUGGAACUGAUCCGCGGCGAGUACAAGAAGAGGGCAUUCGACGAAGUCAUCAGCCCCAACGUUUAUAAGUCUGACCUGUGGAAGACAUCCGGCCACUGGGGACACUACGCCGAGAACAUGUUCACCUUUGAGGUUGAGAAGGAGACGUAUGGCCUGAAGCCCAUGAACUGCCCUGGCCACUGCAGAAUCUUUGCCCACUCAGACGUCACUUACAAGGAUCUGCCAUGGAGGAUGGCUGAUUUUGGUGUUCUUCACCGAAAUGAGUUUUCUGGUGCCCUCACCGGACUUACCCGUGUGCGCCGCUUCCAGCAGGAUGAUGCUCACAUCUUCUGCACAGUCGACCAGAUUCGUGACGAGAUUGUGGGAGCCUUUGACUUCCUGUACGCUGUCUACGGACUCUUUGGCUUCUCCUUCAAGCUGAAGUUGUCGACUCGACCAGAGAAAUAUAUCGGUGACAUUGCCGUCUGGGAUAUGGCUGAGGCCAAGCUCAAGGAGGCUUUGGACAACUUUACAGAGAAGAUUGACUCCAAGUGGGAGGAGAAUCCUGGUGACGGUGCUUUCUACGGCCCCAAGAUUGACAUUACCGUGUACGAUGCUCUGCGACGAGAGCACCAGUGCGGCACAAUCCAGCUCGACUUUAACCUGCCUCAGCGAUUCAAGCUGCGUUACGUUGCCGCCAAGGACGAGAGCAGUGCCAACCAGGACAGCAACGACCCCGAGCUGCCUGUUGGCUACGCCCGACCCGUCAUGAUCCACAGAGCCGUGCUGGGCAGCUUCGAGCGAAUGUUUGGUAUCCUUACAGAGCACUUUGCCGGCAAGUGGCCUUUCUGGCUGAGCCCUCGCCAGGUCCUGGUCGUUCCUGUGAUGCCUGCUGUAAACGACUACGCCAAGGAGCUUCAGCAGACGUUCCAGGAGAAGGGCAUCUACAUUGACGUUGACCUGAGCAGCGACACCUUCCAGAAGAAGAUCCGCACGGGCCAGCUGAAGCAAUACAACUUCAUCUUUGUCGUCGGAGCCGAAGAGGCCUCCUCACGCACCGUCAACAUCCGAAACAGAGACGACCAGAGCACACAGAACAAGGGAGCGCUGAUUCCUGUGGAUGAGGCACUAGAGAAGCUGCUGGCUCUGAAAGGAGAGAGAAGACUUGUCAACAAAAUCUAA